AUGGGCAAAUUUUGGGACUUCGUGGUUAUGAUGGCUAACGAAAGCUUUCCUCCAAAGCCAACGUGGACUACCGAGGAUGUUCCCGAUCUCACGGGAAAGGUCAUUAUAGUCACAGGAGGGAAUUCUGGUCUUGGUCUCGAACUGACGAAGGUCCUUGUAUCGCGAAAUGCUACUGUGUAUAUAGCAUGCCGUAGCAAGGAGAGAGCUGUAAUUGCGCUCGAAGAGAUCAAGGCGGACACUAAUGGACGCGAGGCUAAAUUCCUACACCUAGACUUGGCCGACCUCGACUCAGUACGCACGGGUGCUGAAGAGUUCUUGAGGAACGAGACACGGCUCGACAUUCUAUACAACUCCGCUGGUGUUAUGAUACCUCCGAUGGAGCAGCUUUCUGCCCAAGGAUACGACCUUCAGAUGGGAACCAACGUUCUAGGUCAUUUCUAUCUCACCAAACUACUUCUUCCCACCCUUCUCGCCACCGCCACACUCGAACCUGGGUCAUACAACAAGCCUCGGAUCGUGACCGUCUCUUCUGGUGCCCACCAUCUACACGAUAUCGACUACGCCACGCUCAAAGACGGACCCGAGCGACGAAGACUUGGCACUCAGGCAUUAUAUGCACAGAGCAAGUACGCUUCGGUCGUCUUCGCGAGAGAGUUGGCGAGAAGGUAUGGUGACCAAGGACUCGUUUCUAUCGCCAUGAACCCAGGGAACUUGAAGACGAAUCUGCAGAAAGAGGUGGCCGGGUGGCAGCGGGUAAUCGUCGAUUGGAUGCUUCAUUCGGUGCUUCCGAACGGUAUUCUUACCCACCUUUACGCUGGUACCGCGGAGGAAGCGGCCGACUACAACGGAAAAUAUCUGAUACCUUGGGCUCGUCUGGGGAAGGCACGGACCGAUACCCAGGAUCCGAAACGUGGAGAGGAGCUAUGGGCUUGGCUCGAGGAACAAGUCAAUAAUCGUUGA